CAUAUUAGAGCAUGUGAUAGUUGUUGGUUAUACAAUUUAAAAGCUUAUCAUUAAAUAGAACUUUGACUAUUUAUAACAAAUCAAAACUUGAAAAAUAAAAGCUAAAUCAAAACUCAUAUCAUAUUUAUCUCUUUCCAAAGAAAAGAAAGAAAAACUAAUGGAGACUACAAAAGAUUCAUCAACAUCAUCAAUUGUGGUUGUAAUGGUUCCAUUCCUAGCUCAAAGCCAUUUGAAUCAGCUCCUUCAAUUUGCCCAUGUCGUUUCAUCCUCAUACGACAUCCCAGUCCACUACAUUAGCUCAACUCUUCACAACUCACAAGUCAAAUCUCGAGCCUCAAACCCACUUAACCAAUUAACCAAAAUCCAUUUCCAUGAUUACCCACUUCCAAUUUCAUCACCAAUUUCCCAAGAAAAUCCAUGUUUUUUUGAAUCCAAGUUCGUUAAAAAUGCUAUCCCUUUAUUCGAAGCCUCCACCCACCUGCGUCAACCUGUUUGUGAUCUUCUCAAAUCACUAUCUCCAUCCACAAAACGACUUGUCGUAAUUUAUGAUGUUGUUAUGGUUUCGGUGGUUCAAGAUGUCGUUUGUAUCCCAAACGGAGAAGCCUAUUCAUUCAAUUGCGGUUCUAUUUUUGUUGGCUUUUCGUUAAUGUGUGAAGCGUUGGGACGAAACGACAUCGUUCCAAUGUAUAACAAUAUGCCCUCUUUGAAAUCGUGUUUCUCUAAUUUUAUACUUGAUUUUAUGAAAAGGCAACAACUUGGGGUGGUGAAUUUUCAAGCUGGAGAGAUUUACAAUAGUUGUAGAGCUAUUGAAGGAACUAUUCUUGAAAGUCUUGUAAACGACAUUGGUGGGGAGAAGAACAAGGUUUGGGCUGUUGGGCCUUUACACCAAACGACAGUGAGUAAUAAUGAGCUAAGGAGAGACCAAGUUCAAGACAAAUGGUUAUUGGAGUGGUUAGAUAAACAAGAGUCAAAUAGUGUUAUGUAUAUCUCUUUUGGAACCACAUCUGUUUUUUCAGAGGAAGAGAUUGAGGAGAUUUCAAUUGGGUUAGAGCUAAGUGGGGUUAAGUUUAUAUGGGCAUUGAGAGAAGGAGAUAAAUUUGAUGUUUUAGGUACUAAUGAAGAAGUUCUGUUCCCAACUUCCAAUUGGGUUUGAGGAAAGAAUGAAGGGAAUGGGAAUUGUGGUGAGGGAAUGGGUGUCCCAAGUGGAGAUUUUGAGGCACAAAUCAAUAGGUGGGUUUAUGAGUCAUUGUGGAUGGAAUUCUUGUAUGGAGAGUAUAAGUAUGGGAGUGCCUUUAGCAACUUGGCCUUUGCAUUCAGAUCAACCUUUGAAUGCUUUGUUUAUCACACAAGUGCUCAAAGUGGGUGUGGCUGUUUUGGAAUGGGAGCAGAGAGAUGAGGUUGUGAGUUCAUCCAUGAUUAGCAGAGCUGUUAGGACAUUAAUGGUUUCAAAUGAAGGUGGUGAAAUGAGAAAAAGGGCUGAGGAAUUGGGUGGUGAAGUUAGAAAGUCAACAGAAGAAGGAGGUGUCACUCGUAUGGAAUGGGAUUCCUUCAUUGCUCAUAUCAUUAGAUAGAUUGAAAGUGAGAUGAUAAUAUUGUAGGUGGAAAAACACAGAUAAAAUUCUAUCCGUUUUAGUAUUCGAAAUAAUUUUUUAGUCAAAUUUUUUUCUCAUGGUCAUGUAAAUUAUAGUUAUUUAAAGCAUUCUGCAAAAUUUUAAGAAAUUCAGAAAAAUUUAACACAUCGAAAAUUUCAUUCAAA